AUGGAAAUAAAAACAAAUUUUGUAAUCCAACAAUCGAUCUCUCGCUGGACAAUAAGCGCUUCAACAGGAAUUGUUGGAGAUGCUUGCAUUGUUGGCCUGUAUGUAUCUAUAAUGAUACUUGUCAUGCUAUGGGGAAAAAGAAUACGUGGCUAUGAAAAUCCAGUUGAGCAAUAUGGGAUGAAUCUUACAUCUGUGUCAAGGGUGCAAGAAUUUCUGCAAGGUCUUGUUGGAGGCGUGGCUGUUGUUUGGUUGGUGCAUUCGACAAGUAUUUUACUUGGCUUUGCAACUCUUCGAGAAGGGCCCUCUUCAUUCUUAGCUAGACCAUUUGAUCUUCUCAAAUAUUCAAGUAAUUCCUUGUUGCUAGCUCUUAGAGGGUUUAUCACAGCAACUAGCAUUGCUGUGGUGGAAGAAGUGGUUUUCCGAUCAUGGCUUCCGGAAGAAGUUGCGGUUGAUCUUGGUUACUACCAUGCCAUUCUGAUGUCUGGACUUGCCUUUUCUCUAAUUCACCGGUCUCUACCUUCAGUACCAGGUUUCUUGCUACUUUCUCUGGUGCUAUUUGGGCUUAAGCAAAGAACGCGAGGGAAUCUUGCUGCACCAAUUGGCAUGCGUUCUGGAAUUAUGACUGCUAGUUAUCUCACAAGAAGUAGCAGCAUUAUUACAUUCAAACCUGAAACACCAUUAUGGAUGAUUAGCACAUACCAUCUGCAUCCUUUCGAUGGUGCAAUUGGCUUAAGUAUAUGUGCGUUACUUGCUAUUCUUUUCUUCCCGCAAAAACCUGGUCAGAAGGAUACCUCUCUCUCAUGACAAUCAGGAGGACCCAAAAAAAAACUCUUGAGGUGAGUUUCAACAAGAUCUCAUGGGCGGAAAGUUAGCACUGAAGGUUUGCUCUAGUUUGCCAUGUUGAAAGUUCAGCUCAAAAAUUGCUGGUGUACUGUAACUUGCUCAAAAAGAUCACCCAGUUAGCUCCUCCUUAACACUGAAGGGCGCUGCUGAUGAAUUUGGGUUUAUGCGGGAUUAAUCACUGGCAAGCUUAUAUGUCACUCUUUUCAUGACUACUAUGGAUGAACUCGCAAUAUAUUUCAACAUGGUACAAGAUAAACUCCAAACGUGGAUGAUUUAUUUCAUUCGUUGUAAGGUGUAUGGAUGCCUUGGAGAGAGACAUCAGACAUGAUAAAAUAGAAGUUUGAUACUUGUGCCCUUUUGCCGAGUAUGCUGUGCAGGCAGUCUGAUUUUGCUCCCUUUAUAGUUAUACUGACUAGUUGACAUAUAGGUUUAGUCUGUAGAUAUGAUUAGUCCCCUUUUCUGUUUUACUGAAAAUCGGAAUGCAAGCAUGCCCAAGUUUUUUUUCGAGAAUUAAAAGAUUUUUUUUUUCGAGAAUUGAUGCCCAAGUUUUGAGGUAACAAUUUUUGACAAUACACUGUAUGUAGAAAAUAGGCACAUGAUAGACUUAGCAGAUAUGUAUGUUCCUCAUCUUCUCACUGUAAGUUUAACUGUAAAUGUAAUGCUCCCCUCAUGUAAAGGAGGAUCUUUUGAGAUCUACAAGCAAAAUGUCCAGAUGUAUUAUACAUUUAUACCUGUAUAUACUCUUUAGCUGUCUUCUUCAGAAA